GCUCUUAGGCUUAGGAGGCAAGAGAGAGUUGUGGGGGGAAACCCAUCCGAAGGCACGCCCCCCCUUAUAUGGGAAAUUUUCAGAUCGAGACCCAUGCGUCACAGGAGGCGAGGCAGCGGUCUCGUUCAGUCAGUCGAAUGGCGGUGCGGAGGUUCGGAUGGCGGUCUCGGCACUCUCAUCAGGCAGCGAUUUAGUUCCCUCGAGGGCGGCAGUCCUCUGAUUUGUAGGGAAUCGGGCAGUGCAGAAUAUCCAGACAGCCCGGUCUCGAAUUGCAGGGUUUUUUUUGCAUAA